AUGGAUAGUGAUAACCACACCACAUCCCUCUCAAAAAAACCAAAACCCCAAUGUCCAUCAUCACCUCGAGAUUUUUUCGCCAGACUUUAUGGGCAUUUGGAAAGCGAAAAAAAACUCAAGGACAACAAAUCUGACGUCACCAAUACCUCCAACAUCAACUCACCAACGUCAACAUCAAUUUGUCCGAAUUUUAAAAUUUCCGAAGAUACAACAAUUUCUCCUUCCCCCAAAGAAGAAUCGAGCAGAGGAUUCUAUUCAGGAAUUUUAUGGAGUGAAGAUUUGGCCAAAUUUUGUGCAGGCGAUGUGGUAAUAGAUAAUGAAGCUGGCCCUAGUAGAAUUUUUGGUUCUUAUAAUGUCCCCAAUUUUGCACCUGUUUUGGGGUUGAAUUUGGAGGCGCAUUUGGGGACCGGGUUUGGAGCCUAUCUGGCCAGAAGAAGGCGCAAAGAAGGCCGACCCCGUCGUCAACGGACGACAUUUAGCAGCGAACAGACCCUAAGGCUAGAAGUCGAAUACCGAAGGGCCGAAUAUGUAUCCAGGUGCCGAAGGUUCGAAUUGGCCGAAGCUUUGUCUUUAUCCGAAACCCAGGUCAAAAUCUGGUUUCAGAAUCGAAGGGCCAAGGAUAAGAGGAUCGAGAAGGCCCAUAUUGAUCAACAGUACAG